UCCACAUUGGUUCCGGGUCGGUGCGGCAGUAGAACAUCAUCCCCCAGAAUUCCGUGCGCUCACAUCCGCUUGCGUCAGCUGUGCGACAAAAAUCUGUUGUUAAACAAACGGAAAAGAGAUAUUGUGCCAUGGAGGAGGACCAGCCAAAGGAAAGUGUUCCGAUCGAGCCAACACCAACACAGCCCCCCCAGUCCAAGAAGCCAAAUCAGGCUCUGUACGUCCCAAAACAGCGAAUCCAGAGCUCUAAAAACAAACCGCAAGCUCAGGGGGAAGUCAAGCCGAGACCCAGACCUCGGUACACGGACAAGGCGAAAAAGAACGCUAAAAACAAGAAGGACAAGGCCGGAGCAGACCCGGCCGUUCCGGCUGGAGGAGGAGGAGGAGGAGGGGAAGGAGGAGAGGAAGGAGAUGCCCAGAACAACGAGAAUCAGCCUCAGCUGGAGGAUGCAGGAGCCGCGGUCAAUGGAAACAAAUCAGAAGAGGAGGCUUCCUCACCUCUGAAGGAGAGCGAGGAGGAAGAGGAGAGCUGGGACACCCGGUUCAAUGAUGAAGGGGACUGUCUGGAUCCACAUCUAUUAGGAGAGUUGGCUCUGGCGGGAGGUAGAAAGAAAGGUUCGAUCCAGGAGGCGAGGUUCGACUACUACAACAUGGACAGGGAAGACGACGAGGACGACAUCGAACUCAGUGAGGACGAGCUGUCCCACAUCGUGGAGAUCUACGACUUUCCCACAGACUUCAAAAGCGAUGACCUCCUGAAGCUAUUCCAGUGUUACCAACAGAGAGGAUUUGACCUAAAGUGGAUCGAUGACACACACGCCCUGGGCCUGUUCUCCAGCCCCAUAACAGCUCGUGAAGCUCUGAGAUCCAAACACCCACUCAUGAAAUUGAGACCACUCUCCAAGUCCUCUCCUGCCAUAAAGGCCAAAGCCCGCAGCUGCUCAGACUACCUGCUGCCCGCUAAGGAGCGGCCCCAGACCAGCGCGGCUCUGGCCCGGCAGCUGGUGAUCGGGGCCCUGGGCGUCAGGAGCAACCUGAGCGAGGAGCGCCGCGAGGCCGAGAGGAAGAAACUCCAGGAGGCAAAAGAACAAAAGCGCCUGGCUGCCAAGCAGAGGGAGGAUGCCUGGGAGGGGAAGUGAACUACAGUGUUUGCCUGUUUUUUUUUUGUUUUUUUUGUUU